AUGGGCGACGCCGGCCAGUCCCACCAUCACCACGGCCUCCACACGCAGCUCCUGUCUUUCGGAGGCGCCGACCAUCACAUGCAUCAGUUCACGGCGCAGGCACAGCCGCCCGCGGCGUCCCAGACGCGGGCGCGAGGAGGACGAGGCGGCGAGAUGGUGCCGGCGGCGACGCCCGCGCGGGUGAGGGGCGGCGGAGGCGGGGAGAUCGUGGCGGUGCAGGGAGGGCACAUUGUGCGCUCCACCGGGCGGAAGGACCGGCACAGUAAGGUCUGCACGGCGCGCGGGCCUCGCGACCGCCGCGUGCGGCUGUCGGCACACACGGCCAUCCAGUUCUACGACGUGCAAGACCGGCUGGGCUACGACCGCCCCAGCAAGGCCGUCGAUUGGCUCAUCAAGAACGCCAAGGACGCCAUCGACAACCUCGACACCCUUCCCGCUUGGCAGCCCACGGCCGUCGCCCCCUCCGCCAGCAAUGCCGCCGCGCCGCCGUCCUCCUCCACCCAACCUGACUCCGCCGACAACUCGGACGACCAGGCGCAGGCCAUCACCAUCGCGCACUCGUCGUUCGACUUCGCCGGCUCUGGCGGCGCCGGAGGAGCCACGGGCGGCAUCAGCUUCCUCCCGCCGUCGCUCGACUCGGACUCCAUCGCCGACACGAUCAAGUCCUUCUUCCCCAUGGGCGGGACCGCGGGCGGGGAGCCGUCGUCGUCCACUGUGGCUGCCCACUCGUCGGCCAUGGGUUUUCAAGGCUACACACCGGACCUCUUGUCGCGAACCGGCAGCCAGAGCCAAGAACUCCGGCUGUCACUGCAGCCUCUACCAGACCCUAUGUUUCACCACCACCACCACCAGCAGCAGCAGCAGCAGGAGCAGCACCGGUCGCAUGGCCACGACGGCAACGGCACCGGCCAGCAGGCACUAUUCCCCGGUGCGGCCAGCUACUCAUUCGGCGGUGGCGGCGCCAUGUGGGGCGAGCAGGCGGCGAGCCAGCGCAUGAUGCCGUGGAACGUGGCCGACCCAGGCGGCGGGAGCACCGGCGGCUACCUGUUCAACGUGUCGCAGCAGGCGGCGCAUAUGCAGGCGGCGCUGAGCGGCCAGAGCCAGUUCUUCUUCCAGAGGGGACCCCUUCAGUCCAGUAACCAGCCCUCCGACCGAGGAUGGCCGGAGACCGUCGAAGCUGACGACAACCACCCGAUGCAGCAGCAGCAGCAGCAGCACCAAGGGGGCUUGAACCCCUCCGUGUCGGCCAUCGGGUUCGGCCCCGGCGUCAGCUUCUCCGGAUUCCGCGUCCCCGCGAGGAUGCAGGGCAACGAGGAGCACAACGGCGGCAAUGGCGACAAGCCGCCGUCCGUCUCCUCGGCUUCCCACCACUGA